UGCGGAGAGCAGCGUGGUCCAUCCUGUGACUGACUGUGACACCCACCGGGGGAAAAAAAGUUACUCUUGAGUUCGCGGACACACUGCCAACAUGUCGGGAGAUGACGAUACGCAGGAGCAGACCAUCGCCGAUGACUUGGUGGUCACCAAGUAUAAGAUGGGGGCCGAGAUUGCAAAUCAGGCUCUGAAGACGGUGGUUGAGGCAGCUAUGCCUGGAGUUUCCGUGCUCAACCUGUGUCAAAAGGGAGAUGCCUUCAUCAUGGCAGAAACUGGGAAAAUCUUCAAGAAGGAAAAGGACAUGAAGAAAGGUAUUGCUUUUCCUACUUGUGUGUCAGUUAACAACUGUGUGUGCCAUCACUCCCCUCUGAAGAGCGAUGCUGAUGUCAUGCUGAAGGAUGGGGACCUUGUCAAAAUUGAUCUGGGUGUGCACGUUGAUGGCUUCAUCUCAAAUGUGGCUCACAGCUUAGUUGUUGGAGUCACCAAGGACAACCCGCUGACCGGACGGAAGGCUGACGUUAUCAAAGCAGCUCACCUCUGUGCUGAGGCUGCUCUGCGUCUUGUUAAGCCAGGAAAUCAGAACUCGCAGGUCACAGAAGCCUGGAACAAGAUUGCAAAGUCAUUCAAGUGCUCCCCUAUUGAAGGCAUGCUCUCCCAUCAGCUCAAACAACACGUGAUCGAUGGCGAGAAAACUAUCAUCCAAAACCCAACGGACCAGCAAAAGAAGGACCACGAGAAGGCCGAGUUUGAGGUGCAUGAAGUAUAUGCAGUGGAUGUGCUUAUCAGCACUGGGGAGGGCAAGGCGAAGGAUGGAGGUCAGAGGACCACCGUUUACAAACGAGACCCCAACAAGGUGUACGGCUUAAAGAUGAAGACAUCUCGCACAUUCUUCAGUGAGAUGGAGAGGCGCUUCGAUACAAUGCCUUUCACUCUGAGAGCGUUUGAGGAUGAAGGCAAGGCCAGGUUAGGCGUGGUUGAGUGUGCCAAACAUGAGCUGCUGCAGCCAUUCAAUGUGCUGCAUGAGAAAGAGAGUGAAGUUGUUGCCCAGUUUAAGUUCACCGUGUUGCUCAUGGCCAACGGACCACUGCGAAUCACAAACAGCCUCUUUGAACCAGAGCUCUACAAGUCUGAGCUUGAAGUGGAGGACGCAGAGCUGAAGGCUUUGCUUCAAAGCUCAGCCAGCCGUAAGACUCAGAAGAAGAAGAAAAAGAAGGCCUCAAAGACGGUUGAGACUGCAACCGGGCAGGCAAUGGAGACUGAAGCUGCAGAAUAAAUUCCUCUGAAUGACAUCUGACGACCCAAAGAACAGACGCCACGAAUUCUUCUGUCCCAGCUGUCUGAGGCUCUUGCGGACAUAGCCGCUGUGAAUGCCUCUGAAUCGAAAUGAUGUUAUUCUGGGAUGAUGCUGCUCCUAAAUUGUUGUCACUCCACCUAUAAUACACACACACACGUGUACAUCUCUAGUAAAUCUCAUUGCCCUUGAGACCGUCGUCUUCUCUUAACAGUGGACAACAAUUCUGCUGCAAAAGAGGAAAUUAAAAAUUUGUUUGACCGUGAGCCUUCGUCCCUGAAAGAUAUGGAAAAUAUAAUGAGUUUGACAGAGCGGCCCAGGAUGAUGAAUGGACAGUGCUGUGUCAGCGUAAUUGUGUGGCAUAAAGGUAACUUUCCUAAUGUCAUAAACCUGAAGCCACGCCUUUUUGAAAUGAGUUUUAACUUAUCAUGGUCAGAAAUGUGUAACACCCGUCUUGAACCCUGAAGUUGCGAGCAUGACGUCGGUCAUUACUGUUGAAUUCAGCAUAUUUACCGCAUUUAUACAGCUCUCGCUUAGGUCGGUAUGCCAGUACAUUGUGUACACUUUUAGGAAUCUACUGUAUUUUACUCGGCUAACAAUUUCUAAAACUGACAAUUUUAAGACCAAGUUGAGUAAUUUAAAUGGCAAAAAAGAAAAAUUCUCAGUUGUGGAUGGCCUAACUCCUGCCACGGGUUCAGCAUUGAGUCUUCUGGUGCCACCAUCGAGUCCGACAGUCUGUGUUUACAUAAGAGUUCCAUGUGAGAUAUAUGGAUGCUUUUGUAAAACAAAUCCCAGUUUCAGAGACUAUUUUUGGAAACAUUAAAAAGCCACCUGACAUCA